AUGAUCGACAUUGCAGUCUUGCACGCCGACGUGAAGCGCCUCAGUCUGAGUGCGGAUUCAGCUACCGAUGAUCUUCAGGCCGCUGCAUCUCAGCUUUGGGAUUUCUUGAUGAAGACGGAUGCUAUCCAGACCACCUUGGGCGACAAGUUCGACGUGUACACCGACGUGCUGAACAGGAUUUCCAGCUUCCAAUCCGACCGCGAGAAGCUCGCGUUUCACAUGGACUUGAUUAAGAAGACUUCGUCGCUCAGGAGCGCGCUCUCGAAGUUUAUAGGUGAUCUGAAGGAGCGGGACGUCGACAUGCAGAUGGUGCUCACUGCGGAUCCGAACGAGAAGCUGUGGAGGGCCUUCGUGAAGGCCAAGACGGAUCUGACCACCUGCGCCAACGCCAUCUCGAACAUCACCGCUAGCCUCGACGAAGUUGGCCUUACCUUCAGAGAUACAUACAAUGAGCUUGUUUCCCUGUCCGAGACAUAUUACACGCAGGCGGUCGGUUUGAAGAUGGCUGCCAGGAAGGACGCGGUGACGGAGGCUUCGGAGAAGCUGCAGUCGACCCUGGACCAGAGCCCCGCGUACUCCACUUACAAGCUGCACGUCAGUGACACCAGCAGCUGGGCGGACAUCGUCAAGAUCGCAGACACCUUCAAGGAGCUGGCGGCCGCCGAAGUGCACCACCUUUGCGACGAGCUGAACAAGGCUGUGAGCAUCUACUUGACCAAGCGCUCGGAGUACCAGGUACCAGCGGACCCCGAAUGCAAACCCGUGGAGAAUGCGCAGCUCAACGUAAAGCAGUGCGCUGCCAUCGCAGCCAUGGCCGAUAUCACGAGAAGCCUCACUGACGAUAAGCUGGUUUCGAACAAGGUGAGCUUGCGUAGCUCUCUCCAGAAAGCCCAGGGGAAGCUCAGGUUCUACAAGGUUGAGCCGACCCUCUUGCACAGCGCAGCGGCGUUCAAGUUCAAG